CAGGUGCAGCAUAUAUCAACAGGAAAGAAAGUGGAGGAAGUGGAAAGGAAAGUUGUUGAGCAAGACAAUGCCAAGACUACACAUACGAUCACAUCCAAAAAGGCCCUGACACCCAAGGAGCCUCCAACCACGAUUGUGAAGCAAGAUGUAUUAAAAGAGAAUUCAUUACGAUCAACAACUGAGAAAGAACGGGUUGAAGAGCAGAAGAAAGAUACCGCAAAGAUUUUGAAGACAGCUCGAAGCGCUUUGGUAAAAGCUGUCGAUAAAGUGACGAUCGAGGAGUCAUCUAAGGUCGACGGAAAGACGACAAAAUUCUCAGUGGCUGGAACAAAUGACGUGUCAAGAAAGGUGAAGGAGCUAGCACAAGAAACUUCGGCCCCACAAGGAAAAGCAAAAACUGCGGAGGUGACUGCUUCCGAAAAGGUGAAGGUAAUUUUGGAAGUAGGAAAAAAUGGUGAAAAAUGCUCAGUGGAGAAGACCACUGUGCAAAAGGUAAAAUCUUUCAGGUUUUUUUCUACAUAUCCCACUAAUUCUGAUCGUUAA